AUGGCCUUCAGCCUCGUCCUGCUCAAACGGCAAUCCCUGUGGGCCCCUUUGGUGGGAGAGCGUCAGGACUUGGGUUCCCUUGACGAUAACCAGAACGACUGCUUCAAUUUAUAUUGUGUUCCUUUCUCAUCCAUACCGCCCUCUCGUUCAUCCGGCCGCCCUCUCGUUCAUCCGGCCGCCCUCUCGUUCAUCCGGCCGCCCUCUCGUUCGUCCGGCCGCCCUCUCGUUCGUCCGGCCGCCCUCUCGUUCGUCCGGCCGCCCUCUCGUUCGUCCGGCCGCCCUCUCGUUCAUCCGGCCGCCCUCUCGUUCAUCCGGCCGCCCUCUCGUUCGUCCGGCCGCCCUCUCGUUCGUCCGGCCGCCCUCUCGUUCGUCCGGCCGCCCUCUCGUUCGUCCGGCCGCCCUCUCGUUCGUCCGGCCGCCCUCUCGUUCGUCCGGCCGCCCUCUCGUUCAUCCGGCCGCCCUCUCGUUCAACCGGCCGGUCAUCCGACCUCCCACCAGCUUUACCAAUCAUCAGCCUAUACGCCCGCGUGCUUGCCCGUCCAUUCCCGACUCCUCCGGCCCGUCAACCUACCCACCCGUUUAUCAACAGACCCCACUUCUGCAUUCGUCUUAUCUGUCUGCUCGUCCAUCCACCCGUCAGUGAACAUUAUCUCCGUCAUGCGAAAAGUCCGGGGAACCGAUCAGCGCCCUUGGUCAAGAAGUCCGGGGAACCGAUCAGCGCCCUUGGUCCAGAAGUCCGGGGAACCGAUCAGCGCCCUUGGUCCAGAAGUCCGGGGAACCGAUCAGCGCCCUUGGUCAAGAAGUCCGGGGAACCGAUCAGCGCCCUUGGUCAAGAAGUCCGGGGAACCGAUCAGCGCCCUUGGUCAAGAAGUCCGGGGAACCGAUCAGCGCCCUUGGUCAAGAAGUCCGGGGAACCGAUCAGCGCCCUUGGUCAAGAAGUCCGGGGAACCGAUCAGCGCCCUUGGUCAAGAAGUCCGGGGAACCGAUCAGCGCCCUUGGUCAAUUAGUCCGGGGAACCGAUCAGCGCCCUUGGUCAAGAAGUCCGGGGAACCGAUCAGCGCCCUUGGUCAAGAAGUCCGGGGAACCGAUCAGCGCCCUUGGUCAAGAAGUCCGGGGAACCGAUCAGCGCCCUUGGUCAAGAAGUCCGGGGAACCGAUCAGCGCCCUUGGUCAAGAAGUCCGGGGAACCGAUCAGCGCCCUUGGUCAAGAAGUCCGGGGAACCGAUCAGCGCCCUUGGUCAAGAAGUCCGGGGAACCGAUCAGCGCCCUUGGUCAACAAGUCCGGGGAACCGAUCAGCGCCCUUGGUCAAGAAGUCCGGGGAACCGAUCAGCGCCCUUGGUCAAGAAGUCCGGGGAACCAAUCAGCGCCCUUGGUCAAGAAGUCCGGGGAACCGAUCAGCGCCCUUGGUCAAGAAGUCCGGGGAACCGAUCAGCGCCCUUGGUCAAGAAGUCCGGGGAACCAAUCAGCGCCCUUGGUCAAGAAGUCCGGGGAACCGAUCAGCGCCCUUGGUCAAGAAGUCCGGGGAACCGAUCAGCGCCCUUGGUCAAGAAGUCCGGGGAACCGAUCAGCGCCCUUGGUCAAGAAGUCCGGGGAACCGAUCAGCGCCCUUGGUCAAGAAGUCCGGGGAACCGAUCAGCGCCUUUGGUCAAGAAGUCCGGGGAACCGAUCAGCGCCCUUGGUCAAGAAGUCCGGGGAACCAAUCAGCGCCCUUGGUCAAGAAGUCCGGGGAACCGAUCAGCGCCCUUGGUCAAGAAGUCCGGGGAACCGAUCAGCGCCCUUGGUCAAGAAGUCCGGGGAACCGAUCAGCGCCCUUGGUCAAGAAGUCCGGGGAACCGAUCAGCGCCCUUGGUCAAGAAGUCCGGGGAACCGAUCAGCGCCCUUGGUCAAGAAGUCCGGGGAACCGAUCAGCGCCCUUGGUCAAGAAGUCCGGGGAACCGAUCAGCGCCCUUGGUCAAGAAGUCCGGGGAACCGAUCAGCGCCCUUGGUCAAGAAGUCCGGGGAACCGAUCAGCGCCCUUGGUCAAGAAGUCCGGGGAACCGAUCAGCGCCCUUGGUCAAGAAGUCCGGGGAACCGAUCAGCGCCCUUGGUCAACAAGUCCGGGGAACCGAUCAGCGCCCUUGGUCAAGAAGUCCGGGGAACCGAUCAGCGCCCUUGGUCAAGAAGUCCGGGGAACCGAUCAGCGCCCUUGGUCAAGAAGUCCGGGGAACCGAUCAGCGCCCUUGGUCAAGAAGUCCGGGGAACCGAUCAGCGCCCUUGGUCAAGAAGUCCGGGGAACCGAUCAGCGCCCUUGGUCAAGAAGUCCGGGGAACCGAUCAGCGCCCUUGGUCAAGAAGUCCGGGGAACCGAUCAGCGCCCUUGGUCAAGAAAGGAAGAGCCACAUUGUGUUUUGUGGCUCACAAACAAAACUAA